UAUCGUUUCUAAGAUGUCAAAAUAGAACACAGAUAUACUAAUAAAUAUUUACCCUCUCGUCUAGGGUGGAGAGUAUCAGAGUGUUGAAAUCCCUGUCGACAUAGAGACGACCCAGCCUUGUCACUUCAUUCAUACUCAAACGGCUAUCUUCAGCUUUAUGGCAAAGUACGUAAGUUGCCCACUUUUUCCUCAGUCACCAUCUCUCCCUCUUUUUGCCUUUUCCCCCCUUUCCUCGAAACUCAUCAGUAUUCUCAUUACCUCACAAAUCAUCACUAAAUUUCAACCAAAAUCCCAUUAUUACCAACAAAUGCAAACUGACAAAGCUCCAAUCAGCGGCAAACGGACCCCACUUUUUCCUCCGGAGAAAAUUAGAUUCCCCCUUUACUCAUCUUUCUCCUUCUCUCUCACACGUUUUUUAGUUCUUUAAUUAUUGUAUUUUUACUAAUCUUUCUCCCCCAAAGACAAAAGACGGAAAAAAGAAAAAAAGUUUAUAUUCCCAAGCUGCUCUCCUUCCUCAAUCCUCACACACCAUCAAUCCUUCGUAGAAUAGUCAGCGGAACAGUCUAACCUCAACCUCCUUGUCAUUUUUCUUCCUUCUUUAUUCUUUAGCUGCUUCUUCCUCUUGGAUCCAAUCUCUGCUUUGUUCAGUUUCUCAUUCUUCUCUCCCAUUAAAAAAAUUCCUCUUUUUUCGCUCAUGGCACAACUUGUAGCUUUUAGUUUAUAGUAUUCUAGUGCUAUAAAUAGAAAUAGUGAGCUGAACAAGGAAACAGACCUGGUUACAAUGGCUAUGGGGUUUCUUUCUCUGUUCGUGCUGUUCUUCUUCGUCUCUGUAUCAAGUGCAGAAUUCUCGAGCAUUCCAGGGGUCAACUAUGGCCAAGUGGGGAACAAUUUGCCAUCGCCAUUGAAGUCGGUGGAGCUCAUCAAAUCUCUUAAAGCCAAACGCGUCAAAAUCUACGACGCAAAUCCAGAAAUCCUAAAAGCCCUAAGAAACACAAACCAUCAAGUCUCAGUCAUGGUCCCCAAUCAACUCAUCGUUAACAUCUCCUCCAACCAAACCCUCGCCGACGAAUGGAUCAAAACCAAUGUGCUUCCUUUCUACCCUAAAACCCUCAUUCGCUACCUCCUCGUCGGCAACGAGGUCAUCAGUAGUGGCCCGCCGGAAGUCUGGGCGGCGCUCGUACCGGCAAUCCGACGAAUCAAGCAUUCUCUCAAAUGCUUCGGGAUUCACAAGGUCAAGGUCGGAACUCCGUCAGCCAUGGACGUGUUGGAAUCGUCGUUCCCGCCGUCGAACGGAACUUUUCGGAGUGAUAUUGCCGAUCGGAUCAUCAGACCAAUGUUGCAGUUCUUGGAUCGGACCAAGUCGUUCUUUUUCCUCGAUGUGUAUCCGUAUUUCGCGUGGAUUUCAGAUCCUAAAAACAUAAAUUUGGAUUACACGCUUUUUGAGUCGAAGAACAUAACGGUUACGGAUCCCGGCACGGGUUUGGUGUACCACAAUAUGUUCGACCAGAUGGUUGACGCUGUGUAUUUCGCGAUGAAACGACUCGGGUAUCCGAAUAUUCGGAUCUUCAUCGCCGAAACGGGUUGGCCCAAUGGAGGGGACGUUGACCAGAUUGGCGCGAAUAUUCACAACGCUGCAAUUUACAAUCGAAAUUUUGUAAAGAAGGUUACGACUAAACCGCCGGUAGGCACGCCGGCUCGACCAGGUUCCAUUCUCCCGUCAUUCAUCUUCGCUUUGUAUAAUGAGAACCAGAAACCGGGUCCAGGCACGGAGCGCCACUUCGGGCUGUUGUACCCGAACGGGUCACACGUGUACGAGAUUGAUCUGUCCGGGAAGACGCCGGAGUCGGAGUACAAGCCGUUGCCGCCGGCGGAGAACAAUGAGCCAUACAAAGGGAAGAUAUGGUGUGUGGUAGCUGAGGGAGCCAAUAAGACGGCCCUGCCGGCUGCGUUAUCGUACGCUUGCUCGCAGGGCAACAAAACCUGCGAUGCGAUCCAACCCGGAAAGCCGUGUUUCAAACCCGAUUCGUUGGUUUCUCAUGCCAGUUAUGCCUUUAGCUCAUACUGGGCCCAGUUCAGGGCAUCAGGUGGGACCUGCUUCUUCAACGGCCUUGCCACGCAAACGACGAAGGAUCCAGGUCAUGGAUCGUGCAAAUAUCCAAGUGUGACGCUGAAAUAGGCAAGUGGGAAUAUUUUACUUUUUUUUGGGGCAAGUAGGAGUUUCAUUACUCAACAAUUGAAUAAUUAUUGGUGGAAUAUUUAUGGAAGGAAUCAUUCAAUUCCAUUAUGAUUCAUAUGGUAUGGUCAAAUUUCAGAUGGGACACCACAAAAAAAAAAAAAAAAGGAUUAUCCAUUUGAUAUUUUCAAAUUUCAGAUGGGGACUUAAAG